AUGAAGGACUCUGCAGUUAUUGCGUCGUACGUUUUGCUGGGUAUGGUCGCGUGGUCGCAGUGUUUGCCGUACCUUGGCGAAUACCAACAGGCCCCCCAGUCGUUCGACGUCCACGAACCGUCUUACAACGACGGCAACGGCUACCCACACCGGCCACAACCGGCGGCGGCGCAGCUGUACAACCAUCGCCCACAGGCGCAGGACCAUCACGAGGACCAUCACGAGGACCAUCGCGAGGACCAUCACGUGGACCACCACGAGCCGGUGCACUAUUCGUUCCACUACGACGUGCACGAUCCUCACACGGGUGACGUGAAAAGCCAGCACGAGACGAGGACGGGUGACGUGGUGACCGGGUUCUACACGCUGGUGGAACCGGACGGCACCAUCCGGACGGUGAAGUAUACGGCGGACAAGCACCACGGGUUCAAUGCCGUGGUCGACCGCAAGAAACCCAACUUCGACGCCGGUACGUUCAACUAUCACCACCACCACCAACAACAACAACCACAACAACAUCACUAUAAGUGA